GACGCUCUCUGUGUGGAAUAAGCCUAAUUUUUGAUUUUUAUUACUAAUUUUCAAGUUAUCGAACGGACUAAUUUUCAGGGGGGGUUCGACCGGCUGUUUUUUCACCCUUUUGUUUCCAUCGUAUUCCAAAACAAAAGAAACCAACAUCCAUGAACAAAUUCGUAAUUAAAACAGGGUAUAUUUUAAUUAAAGGACAUGAAAUUAACUCGUUACAUUCAUCAAUUGUGGCUACGGCAUAGCACCACCGAUGAAUGUUGGUACACAUAUUUGUUUUUUGCCGCGCUCCGAGUUGUGCUAGUUUUUAUACCGCAGAAGGGCUAUAUACAUCCUGAUGAGUUUUUUCAGUCCGUGGAAGUGAUGACAGGUGAUCAUUUUCAGUUGGAGCAUGUCCGCACAUGGGAAUUUAACAACACAAUGCCUGUGCGCAGCAUUACACUGCAAUUCCUUCUGCUACGCGUUCCUUGGAGCUUUCUAGAGGUGUUUGCUUUGUAUUUCCGCCGUUACUUUGGCAUAGAACUACUGCAAAGCUAUACAUACCUGGUAUUUCCGCGGCUUAUAAUGUGUGUGCUGUCGUUUGUUAACGACUGGAGCAUGUAUCGGAUAUGUCGCUUGUAUAGUCUGCACUACGAAAUAAGACUCCUAGCUCUAGGCAGCUCUUGGGUAAUAUUAAUCUUUGGUACACGCACAUUUUCCAAUACUCUUGAAUUAGCAUUAUGCUCUCUACUACUGGCGCUUGUUGCCGAAUGCAUGAUCAAAACGAAUACGAUUGUGUAUAAGAAAGAGGUUCUGGAAGAGCGUUAUGAGAAGGCCAAAUCUAUAAGCGAACGCGUUAAAAUGUGGCGGCUAUCCAAAGCAUUGCCAGCGCAUAACUACACUCACACUUUACUCGUGUCCAGCAUUUGCGUGGCUGGUGUUUUUAACAGGCCCACAUUCCUGCUUUAUGGUGCGCCAACGGUAUUUUAUUGGAUGCUGCGUGGUAUGGGUACGAAAACCAUUACAUUCCGUGACUUCAAUCUGCGUAUGCUGGUAUUUUGUAUGAGCGCCUUACCGGCUCUUUCCUUUUUCAUAGUUUGCGAUUCAUUUUAUUACAAAUAUUUGACCGUUGGUGAGCUGCAAAUGCUGCGGUUGGGUAUAAAUAACUUUGUGAGCACACCUUGGAAUUUUAUCAAGUACAAUUUGGACUCAAAAAAUACUGCAGAUCAUGGGCUACAUCCGAAAUACUUGCAUAUUUUGGUCAACAUCCCAUUGCUGUACAAUGUGCUUGGUGUUGUGACGCUUGUAACGUUUGCACACCUCUUAAUUCGUUUCUUCCGGGCCGAAUAUCAAGGAUUGCCGCGCGCACAGAGCAUUAUUAGUUUAAUGUCCAGCGCUAUAUUUGUGCCACUCUUAUUUUUAUCGCUUAUAAAUCACCAAGAAGCACGUUUUCUGCUGCCGCUGCUUUUCCCUAUCGUCUUACUACAUGCGCCCAAGUUGUAUCAUGGACUAUGUCCAACCUACCCAUUCAAAAAGGAACAUCCGUUGUUGCGCAAAAUAUAUGAUUCGGUGCUAUCAACACGGGCUUCCGCCAAACCGCUGAUGAAAACCUGGUACAUGUGUAACAUUGGGCUCGCCGUCUUCUUUGGAUUUAUCCAUCAAGCAGGUGUGUAUCCACUAACCCAGCACUUUGAGGCCAUCAUGCAAACAAAAUCACCCGCCCAGCAUAUACAUCUCAUCACCACGCACAUCUACAAUAUACCACUGACCUUUAUUAAUGUUCCCAGUUCACAAGUGCUGCAUACCAAUCGAGAAACGGGGCAGCGCUAUCGGCGGCAUAAGGAUUUCUACAUAUACGAAUAUGGUGGGCUUAAAUGGCCUCAGUUAAUGGGCAAAAUUAAGUUGAUACUUUCACAUUGUGAAAUGAAAUAUACAACAAAGCAACAGAAAUAUCGGCUUUUUUUAGCGUUGCCUGCCGCGCUUAUUGACGACUUGACCACGGAAUUGAAGGCGGAAAGUGCAAGUUCGUAUAUGCGCCACCACCUGGUUCGUAUAUUCUACCCACAUUUGUCCACGGAAGCGUUGCCACGCUUGAAUGUUUGGCAUGAUACUUCAAAAGAUUCAGAUUCAAAGUUAAACUACAGCUAUCUGAGUGACAGAUUAUUAUCAUUCACGCGGGAGUUCGGUUUGGCGCUCUAUGAGUUACAACCGCAACGGAAAAGUCAAACGGAAAAACUACAAACUAACAAGUAAUUUUUAGCAAAAGAACAAAACUGACUUCAAUUCUCAUAUAAAUAUAUAUAUAUAUAUAUAUUUCACGAUCCAAUGAUCGGAUCUAAACCAGAUUAGUAUGGGACCACCCCUGAGACACUACAAUUCCGAUGCGAAAAAGAGUUAUCGAAAUCGGUUGACGUGGUCCAAAGUUAUGCGGUAACAUACAUAAAAAACAAAUUCGGUUAAAAAGAUGUCACGGCGAAGCACAUAAGUGCCGAAUGAUAAAACUGCGAUUGAGUAAGCAAUUCAAUAAUUCGCCAUUAUUAUUUAUAUAUUAUCAACCCAAAGCUGCAAAUAUGUAUGUAUGAAUGUAUUGGGCUUUUUGCUUAACAUUCCGCUUUUUUAAGUAAGUGGUUUUUCUUAAAUAAUAAAAUAUAUUUUAAUUAAUCAACAAAUGGGUAAGGGCAUAAAUGUGGCGGGAAGCUAAUAGCGUUUAUGUACAUCAUAAUUUAAAAUAUAACUAUUUUAUUUUUUGUAAAUAUUAUUUUUAAUAUUAUGAACUAUCGGCCGGAUAUACAUACAUAUGUAUUAAUAAAAUACUGAAGGUAGAGUUCAUAGGAGCUUACAGUUUUAUAACUUCGCGUUAUAUAAAAAAUUAAAUUUCGUUAAAAUCAAGGAUUGUAUAAUACGUAUUUUAAGUAAAGAUCACAAUACAAAAAAUAUUGCUAAUUAAAGUAUUUAUGAUAAUAAGCUUUACCGAGUUAAAAAAAAAAACUAUUACUGCAUAAACUAGUUAUAUGUAGUUUAAAUAUUUUUUUCAAUAAAAUAUUUUAGCUACCUUUGGAA